AGAACUGGUCGAUAGCAAAAUUUCAGACAUGGAAUCCCCUGUCGAGUGAUAAUGAAAAUAUUGUAGAUAAGAUUAGAAGUUCGCAACUUUCCUGCACAUAUCUGGGUUGAAACGUCUUGCUAAUUGGUAAAAUAUGUCGGGAUUCGAGGAUAAUCCCUUCGGGGAGCCUACAAUUGAAAAUCCCUUUGCGGAUCCAUCUGUUCAGCAAGUGACCAGAAACGUAAAUGCACAAAUUAGAGUAGACGAUUAUAGCCCCUUUGAUAACCAGGCCUCAAACCAAUAUAGUCAUGCAAAUAGUACCCCAGCAAUUAUGCAACCUUUACAGGAGCCCCCUCCACCCUAUACGAAAACUGGGCAACAAAUUGAUACACCAAAACCAGCCUUAAAUACAGAUGAACUUCAGAGAAGACAGGAAGAACUAGAAAGAAAAGAACAGGAACUAACACGCAGAGAAGAAGAAAUAAGGCAAUCAUCUUAUAAUGUUAGGCGCAACAAUUGGCCACCAUUGCCUGAACAAUGCUGUUUUCAACCUUGUUUUUAUCAAGACAUUCAAGUGGAUAUACCACUAGAUUUCCAGAAAAUUGUUCGUCAUCUCUACUACCUCUGGAUCUUUCAUGGAGCGGUUAUGAUAUGCAACAUCCUUGGAGGAAUAUUGCUGAAAGAUUUUACCAUUAUUGGAGUAGGGAUUCUUUAUCUAUUGUUAUUUACACCAUUUUCUUACCUUUGCUGGUUUAGGCCUGCAUAUAAAGCUUUUAGAUCAGAUUCCUCCUUCAAUUUUAUGGUUUUCUUUUUCAUAUUCUUCUUUCAAUUUGUCAUUACCACAAUUCACGCGAUCGGAAUUUCAGGUACAGGAACAAUAGGACUUUUUACAGCAAUUUUAACUUUUAAGACUUCAGCUUUGAGCAUAGUCCAAGGCAUUUUGGCACUAAUCAUUGCUUUUGGGUUUGUAUUUGCGGCCUUGGCUGAUUUAUUUUUAAUCACAAAGAUUCAUCGUAUUUAUCGAAGUAGCGGGGCAAGUAUGGCAAAAGCCCAGCAGGAAUUCGCAGAAGUAGUCCUCCGCAAUCAACACGUCAGAAGCGCGGCUAGCAAUGUAGCCGCGGCUGCGGUCCAAUCGCAAUUCUCCCAAAACAACACACCAACUAACCGAUAUUAAUAUAUACAUAUUUUUUCAAUUCAAAAUUCACACGUCCAGCCUCAGUAUUUCUUAGAGAUUCAUUGGUGAUGCUGGUUUAAUAGUUAUGAGAUUAAAAUAUAUCUACUUUAAUUAAAAUUUACCGUCUAAUUUUGAAUUUGCUUUGUUUAAUCGCUAAUUAUCAAGUUUGUGAUCCGCUGAACUGUGACUAGGCUAGGCGUGUACACAAAACUGUAAAUCUAACAUCGAGACUCGAGGGUGUAAAUAUAUUUCAGUUCUUCAUUAAUCUAUACAUAUUUAUUAGAAUAUUAAUAUACCAUAUCGAAGAUGAUUAUUAUUUUAAGUUUUUUUUUCAUAUUCUAACGAGUAUUCCAGUUAUGUUAAUUUAAGAAAAACAAAUACACAUUAUUGUGGGUUCUAU